AUGGGUGACGUCGCUGUCGAAAACCCAGCAAACCAAGUGGCACCUCACAAGAGGGCCGCGCACUCAGCCAUUCCCACCAUUGAUAACUUCGAGGGUGUAUCAACCGAUGGAGGAGAUGACUACGCCAACCUCAAGAAGCUCCAGCGGCAACUAGAGUACAUCCAGCUGCAAGAAGAGUAUAUCAAGGAUGAGCAAAGGAGUUUGAAGCGUGAGCUUGUACGAGCUCAAGAAGAGAUCAAGCGGAUUCAGAGCGUGCCAUUAGUUAUAGGACAGUUUAUGGAGGCCAUUGACCAAAAUACUGGCAUUGUUCAGUCUAGCACCGGAUCCAACUAUGUCGUCAGAAUUCUCUCCACCCUCGACCGGGAGAAGCUCAAGGCUUCCUCCUCGGUCGCCCUCCAUCGACACUCCAACGCCCUUGUCGAUAUUCUCCCUCCCGAGGCCGACUCCUCCAUUGCUAUGCUUGGCGCCGACGAGAAGCCCGAUGUGACAUAUGCCGAUGUCGGUGGUCUGGACAUGCAGAAGCAGGAGAUUCGCGAAGCUGUCGAGCUCCCCUUGACACACUUUGAUCUCUACAAGCAAAUCGGUAUCGACCCCCCUCGAGGUGUUCUACUCUACGGCCCUCCCGGUACCGGCAAAACUAUGCUGGUCAAGGCCGUUGCCAACUCAACCACCGCCAACUUCAUCCGAGUUGUUGGUUCCGAGUUCGUUCAGAAGUAUCUUGGUGAGGGUCCCCGAAUGGUCCGUGAUGUUUUCCGCAUGGCUCGCGAGAACUCUCCCGCCAUUAUCUUCAUCGAUGAAAUCGACGCCAUUGCCACCAAGCGAUUCGACGCCCAGACCGGUGCCGAUCGAGAAGUCCAGCGUAUUCUUCUCGAACUUCUCAACCAGAUGGAUGGUUUCGAUCAGACCGCUAACGUCAAGGUCAUCAUGGCCACCAACCGAGCCGAUACUCUUGACCCUGCUCUUCUGCGACCUGGACGUCUCGACCGAAAGAUCGAAUUCCCCUCUCUGCGAGAUCGCCGUGAACGACGUCUCAUCUUCUCCACCAUCGCCGGCAAGAUGAGUCUGGCUCCUGAAGUCGACCUCGACUCCCUCAUUGUCCGAAACGAUCCUCUGUCUGGUGCUGUCAUCGCUGCGAUCAUGCAGGAGGCUGGUCUCCGUGCUGUCCGUAAGAACCGUUACAACAUCAUUCAGAGUGAUCUCGAGGACGCCUACUCAAGCCAGGUCAAGGGUACAGGCGAAGAGAACAAAUUCGAUUUCUACAAAUAG